GAAUCACCGAUAAAAAUGGGAUAAAAAGGUGUUUUCUAAGGUUUUUUGUGGACGAUUCGAUUAAGAUACAGGUGAUAAGAGUGAUUUAGAGUCGUUUCUAAACUCCGCCCGUCGAUUCCUCUGCAAAAGUGGGCCGGAAAAGUGGAAGAAACUGGGAGAACCGCAGCGCAGAAGGAAAGAGCCUCAAAACCCCAAGAGUGAAUCCGACGAAAACGGAUUCCAAAUCUUUUUGCAGCGCUCCGGAAACCAAUCAACCCCCUCACAAUCAACUGCCGAGAGUACGGAAAGCGGAAGGCAGCAUAAACCCCUCCGCGAAGGUUCGAUUUUACCCACUAUCUUGAUGUGAUAUCACACUUUGGGCUUAUCGGAAAUGCUCCGCCAGCCCGAAGCCAACCGUUAUCAUCGCGCACGGUAAAGUGCCUGCGGAGUGUUCGUUGCGGAUGGUUCACGUUCCUCGUAGCCCGGAAUCAUGGAAACAGGUUUCACGGCGGACAUCGUUGAGCAUCCGCUGGUGCACGUUAGCCAGCGCUAUGACUGGGACUGUGGGUUGGCCUGCAUCCUGAUGGUGCUGAAUCGACGCGAGCGCCAAACGUUUCUGUCCAACUUCCGCCAAAUCUGCGACGAAGGCCAGUUCGGUGAAAGUACCUGGACCAUCGACCUGUGCUACAUCCUUAAGGAUUUUAACGUUCCGCACAAGUACCUGACCACCAUGCUCGGUGCGAAUCCGCGACACCGGGGUAACAAUUACUACAAAUCGUACACACUGGAUAUGGUGCGCGUGAACGAUAAAUUCCGUCACGCCGAGGAGAACGGUAUCGAUGUGAAGCAGUGCGCGGUAAACUAUCGUUUUCUGAUCGAUCACCUUGGAACGUACGGUAACAUCAUCCUGCUCACCAGCGCCUCGCUUCUGUACUGUGAUUUGUGCAAAAUGAACAAACUGCCUUGUGAGCUACGCUCCUGCCUAAGCAUCACUCCCAGCUACAUGGGCCACUACAUCGUACUGUGCGGGUACAACAAGCGGCUACAAAAGUUCAUGUACCGUAAUCCGGCUUGCAAAGACAAAGUGUGCUACAUUCCAUAUCAAGCGCUUGAUAAAGCCCGCAAGGCUAACGGCACCGACGAAGACAUCAUUCUUCUCUACGAUAAAACCUCAUGACACACAACAUUCUAGUCCCCGUUUGCUUUCUAAUAUUUGUUUGAUCAGAUUUUUUGUCCAUUUUUUCACCAUUGAAAUACAUUUUUUUAAACAUAAAAA